CCACCUUUCUUUCUGCCUCCUAACUUCAGUAUCCACGAUCUUUCUUUAAUUUGAUUUAUGGCCGGGGAAUUUCUUUCUGUCCCUUCAUUUGCCUCUGGACGUCCUUGUGUCUUUAUUUCCUGGCAGGUUUGGGGCCUCUCUUUUGGUGAUCAGUUCUUAAAUGUGAUUUUCCUCUUGGGUGGCGGAAGUAGUAGCUUGCGCCUGCGAUAGGCUUCUAGCAUAAAUACUUCAUACCGUUCUAGGAUUCUCAUCACAUCGCUUCACUCGGUCAACUGCUUUCGCUCAAGAAUCCUCUCAACUUAGCACUACAGCGUGGAUACAUUUCAUCUACCUGACCGUCCAGCACAUUUGCCACCAUGCGCGAACUAGAUCCGCUCAUCUCUGAAUACCGCCAUGACAAGAAACGACCCCGAGCUGACGAAGCACUCCUCAUGCUUCAGAAGGUAGCUUCCAUAGUCAAGCCUAUCAUGCGCCGACGGCAUUGGAAGGUUGGGAUACUGGCCGAGUUGAAUCCGCGGGAACGAAAUCUCCUUGGGCUCAAUUACAACCAUGGCCAAAAGAUCUGCUUACGGCUCCGCCAUGCUGGGGACGACCGUCAGUUUCUAUCAAUGGAUUCAAUUGUAGAUACUAUGCUUCAUGAACUGUGUCAUAUUGUGCAUGGACCACAUAACCAGCAAUUCCAUGCUCUAUGGAACCAGCUUCGAGACGAGCACCUGGAGCUUACUUUAAAGGGCUAUACAGGCGAAGGCUUCCUCUCCAAGGGUCAUCGCUUGGGAGGCCGUCGAAUGCCCGUGGAAGAAGCCCGUCGACGGGCCCGAGCCGCCGCCGAGCAAAGACGAUCUCUCUCCGCCGGGUCGGGACAGCGAGUCGGCGGCGCAUCCGUAGCACGUGGUACAGACAUGCGCCAAGUCAUUGCAGCUGCCGCACAGCGACGGCGCGAAGUGAUGAAUGGCUGUGCCUCGGGCGCCGACAAUAGCGCCGAGCUGGCAGAGGAGGCGUCCAGGAACGGCUUCCGAACCAAGGCAGAAGAGGACGAUGCGAAUGAGCGAGCGAUCAUGGAGGCUGUCAUUGAUCUCAUCGAGCAGGAGGAGCGCGAGAAAUAUGGACCUUCGUAUAUCCCUCCAAGUCAGGAGAACCCUGCCGGUCCUCGUUCUACACUAUCUCCGCCUCCGAUCCCAGGUAGCAGCAGGCUGGGCGCGCCGCCGCAUCCGCAGAACCCAGAGGAUCUGAUAUCAAAUGAUGGGUCGUACAAUCGACCGUGGUCGUGUCCAAUCUGCACGCUCGAGAAUCCUGCUGAGUUUCUUUGCUGUGAUGCCUGCGCCUCGGAGCGGCCGCGGCCUUCGACGAACCGAUCCCUAUCCGAGCCUAUCUUAACAAGUCCGGCCGUUUCAACAGACAAGAGCAAGAGUAAGAAACGGCCAAUCGGCCAGUCCCAGUCGCCCCCUUCGCAAGGUACUUCCAAGAACAAGGGCCGUGUGAAAACACCCUUGUCCAUGAAGUCAGAACAGGCGAACAAGCGGCGACUGGGCCGGACGUGUUGGGCUUGUGGCUCAUUUAUGGAAAUUGAAUGGGCGCUCUGCUCCAACUGCGGAACAGCAAAGCAGGAGUCUUAAUUCUAGCGAUGGCUUCGGAGUUCACUUAGCAUAGGCGUUGGUGUGACAUUGUUUCUUUAGAGAGAGAUACCAUGGCUAGCAAUUUUUUUUUCAUCGAGGCUCAAGGAAGGUAAUUUCAACUCCUAUACAUUCCCUACGAAUUUCGAAGGGAAGAUCCAUUCCAUGAGGAUGUUGCUCGUAAGUGAUCACCUCUUGACUGAGCAGAGCUACUCUCCCUCAAAGCAUGCAUGGCUCCCAACCUGACGACCCACAUAAUAGUUCUAUAAAUCAAGC